CUCAAAUUUUUGGUUCGUUCAUACGCCAUGCAAAAAAUAAUGUUUCCAGAUGAGGGUUCAGUGGAACCAUUACAAAUGGAUGAAAAUAGAAUGGAAGAAGAACAAUCAAAUGUUGAAAUUAGUUUAAAUGAGAAUCCAUUAAUAAUUGAAGACUCGCAUUUAGACUUAGAGAUGUACACUUCAUACUAUCGGGGGAUUGCCAGAUUGCAAAGACUGCUUUACGUAGCAGACCAUUGCAAAUCGCUGGAAUUGGAAGCUCUGAAAAUGAUAGUCGAAUAUAUAAUGGGAUCGGGUGCUGAUACUACUCUUUACCUUCAAUGUUAUGAAAGAAUUGCUAAAUGCUUAUUGACUGAAUUCGGUAAUGCUAACCAAUCGGGAAUGAGGGAAUAUCAAGAAAAUAUUCUUUACCAAAAUGCCGGCAUACCUCCUUUAGAUAGGGAAUGGGUCGAAAAUGUCAGCAAAAAGGCAGCCCUAAAAUUGGAAAAACUCGAUACUGACCUCAAGAAUUAUAAGAACAAUUUUAUCAAGGAGAGUAUAAGACGUGGUCAUUACGAUUUAGGUGAACACUAUCUGGUAUGCGGAGACCUAAACAACGCCCUCAAAUGCUUUUGUAGACCAAGGGAUUAUUGUACCACUCCCAAACACAUAGUCACCACCUGCCUCAACGUGAUGAGGGUUAGCAUAUACUUGCGCAAUUGGAAUCAUGUGUUGAACUACGCCAUCAGAGCUGAAACUACUAUUAACCCUGAACUAGCAGCCUUAACCAGUAAUGGUAAUAGCUCAGAUAAUCGAAAAGACGGGGAUAAAAUUACUGGGAAAACUACAAGUAGAACAAAAACAGCCACAACCACCAAUUUAAACACUGGUACUAGUAAUCGUCUUGUUACGACUUCGACUCAAGAUACGAGUUCUCAAACUGUUUUGAAUGAGGAACAAGGAUCUAUUGUAAAUGAUCAAUUUAUAAUUGCCCCUACCCUUGCUCCAGCUCAAACUUCUUUAUCCUCUCACACAACCGUUACUUUAACCACCAGUACAUCGGUCUUGACAUCUAACCAAAUUACCUCAUUACCAAACGCCCCAUCCACAUCAGCUCAUUAUUUCUACUCUUCGUCCCUCUCCAAGGUGGCCUGGAUGGCUGGUUUAGCUGAGAUGUGCUCCUCUUCUACUACAAAUAUCAAUAAUGGAAUUCAAAAUGGGAACAUGCACCACAAUUUUGAGGCGGCCGCCAGACGAUUCGCUUCCAUAAGUAAUGUAGAUCACGUCACACCUUCUCCAUCUUGUUUGUCGUGGCAAAUGGCUAGUGGAGGAGAUGCUUUGACACAGCAACAACAACAGCCAUUGAUUAUACGUCCCUUAGAUAAACGGCAUCCUUAUAAUAAGCAUCCAGUAUCUUCUAAUCUUCCAACCUACUCAAACUCAGUUUCUUCGUCCACAACACAACCCGCGUUGGUUUUGCCGUUUGAGGACUCUAACGCGUAUUACGUGGUGUCCCCCAAUAACGUGGCCUGGUAUGCUGGUUUAUGCGGAUUGGCAACUUUUGAGAGAGAAGCCCUCAAGAGACUGUUCCUGAGUGGAAAUUGCCCUUUCAAACAAUUUUUGGAAUUGGAACCAUGCUUAAGAGAAAUCCUAUACUCCUUUUACCAAUCUAAAUAUCAAGAUUGCUUAAGUUAUCUGGAUGAUGUCAAGGAUCAAUUGAUGCUAGAUCUAUACCUUGGUCCUGUAUUGGACAAUUUGUAUGAUAUGAUCAGGACCAGAGCUAUAAUUCAAUACAUUACACCUUAUUCCAAGGUUUGUCUUGAAAGUAUGUACAAAAUAUUUUAUCCCUAUGAAAUUAGCAAUCAAUCAAUAAAUAAUGUUAAUAAUGAAGGCUUUACCAAACUAGAAUCCGAAAUAGGAAAUUUGAUUCACAAGGAGGUCAUAAAUGGGAAGAUUGAUUCUUAUAACAAGGUUUUAUACAUCAAAAAUCCCGACGACAGAAAACUCCUUUUUUCCAAAACAUUAAAAUCAGGCGCCUUUUUCCAAAAAAAUUGCCGUUCCCUGCUAGUUAGGGCUGCCAUUUUGGACUCGAAUAUAGUAGUUAAAAAAUGACGUGGUCAUAUGGAAUAAAGUAACAAAAGGAGGAAAUUUACAUUACCAAUUUGAUAACUUAUUUUAAUGUUAUA